GUCCGUUUUGCAAAAAACAACGUAGCAUCGCAACUGGCCGUGGAAUCCCCACCACCGCCAAUCCACUGCGUAUUCGCGCAGAGUGCCGUGCUGUGUCGCAUAAAAAGCGGUCAAAUACGAAAAACUUAACAGUUUUUUUGCUUAUUCUUUGAUAUUUUAGUGCCAUUUUUAUGGUUUAAACUUUGUGGCGGUUCUGUGGUGUGUUUAUAACUUGUGAAACAUUCUGACAAAGUUUCAGGUGCUAUUCAUUUGUUCACGCGAAGUUUUGAUAUGGACUGAUCAUCGGAUCAUAAUGACGCCGAAAAUCGCCUUUAUAAUGCUGUUUCUGCUGGUGAUGUUAGCAACGGGUAUGUGCAAAGCAGCCCACGAAUGCGGAGGAACAUUCACCGCGGUCAGGGGUGUACUAAGCACCCCGAACUUCCCCGGGCCCUUUCAAGUUCCAAUACACUGCAGAUGGAUCAUAGACGCAUCCCUCUCAACCUCAUCAAACACCACUAUAGCAGUAUACUUAACCCAACUUUUCGUCUUUGGCGGUUUGACCUUCACCGAUUACCAUAUGUACGAAAGGGGCUAUACAGUGAAAGGAAAAGUGCUGCAUACUGUCAACGAGACGAAUAUUGUGCAAGCGCAGUGGGUUAAAACUGAUCUAAGUUAUUUGGUGAUCGAAUUGGACUUGGAGACUUCUGACAGCGAGCAUUUGAGGGUGCUCGAUAAUUUUUUGGACGUGUAUGGCUUCAAUAUUACCUAUGAAAUCACCAAUGGGCCCGUUAGACCCAAUUCUUGCACCAUGAAGACCUGUGGGUUUACUGGAGUCUGCUACGACCAUUUCAACAAAUUCAGUUGCGACUGUUUUGAAGGAUAUUCAGGACCUCAUUGUUCCAGUGGACCAAAAUCACUUUGCUACAAUGCCAAAGGUGUUCCUACCUGCAAAAAUAAUGCCACAUGUGUUCAUUGUGGUACUUCUGCAAUAAUUUGCCAUUGUAAACGAGGCUUCACAGGGAGAACCUGCGAAACCCCAGUUCAAAUGAUAACGACCAAAAGAGGGUGCGACAAUUGCCAAACUCAAUGUUCCAACGAAAAAUUGGACUCCAACAAAUCAAACGAUCUCAUCGGAUACUCGGCCACGAUGCAUCUAUCCAAUCUGCCAACUUUAGGAGACUCCAAACUUAAAAACUACAUCAAAAAUCAGCUUUUGAAAGGCCUGAAGCAGAACUUUACAAGAGUGGACAACGUAACUCUGGAUAGUGUCAAUCAUUUCAUGUCUGGCGUUGAUGUGGCCUUUCAUUUUUAUUGGCUGAAACGAGAAGAGAAGAAAGUCAAAGUUGUCCUUAGCAAAUGGGUGGAAAAGGGGUACAUUGGGAAUAUCACCAUAUUGGACAAGGAGCUCCAGAUUAAGACGGUUUUGUCUAUUCAGAGUUUUACCGUGAACCAAGUUGGAAUUUUACGGGAAGGCGACGAGUUUAUAUUGUCCUGUGUGGCCAAAGGCUCCCCUAGCAUGAUUUUUAGAUGGUUUAAAGAUGGUCUCCUCAUAAACGUCACAACAGAAAGUCAUAAAUGGACCAGAUUAAUAAAAGAUCCCCACGUGAUUGACCAAUACACGGCCCUAUUGGCUAUACAAAGUGCCAAAUACCUAGAUGAUGGCGUAUUCACCUGUCAAGUGGAAGAUUAUGGGAUUCAGCAGUGCUUGUCGAAAAAAAUACAAAUAGGAAAACCUCCGAAAGUCAACAUAGAGCCAAUGAGUAUUACUGUGGAAAAGGGCGAGAAUUUCACCAUCAAAUGCAUCACCAAAGAGGACACUAACGGCCGAACGUACAACUAUUUUUGGACGAAGAAUAAGAAUUUAUUGCCGGUAAAAACUGACACGGAACGUUAUGAAGUUUUGUACCCAUCAGGGACCAUUCUACAAAUAUUUAAUGCUGAGAAAUACGUUCAAUACUCAUGCAAAGUGCAAGACGGUUCGACCUCUUCAUCCGAAAUGGUAGUCGACGUUAACGUAGUGGACAAAUUAAGUGUGCGCACGUGUGCCAAACACAUUUAUUUGGAGCUGAAAUGGCCCGAAACAGCUCCCGACACGACCUCGAUACAACUGUGCCCGGAAGGGUACACGGGCGUAGCCUACAGAAGCUGUUUGCUGAGAGAUGGAAAAAAACCGGCGUGGGCCCUGCCAGAUUUUUCGCAGUGUACCCAUAAUCAGUUGGCAGUUUUUUAUAAGAAGAUGGAGCUGUUAAAACUGGGGUACAUAUCCAUGCCAACCGAAGAACUCUUCGAGAAAAUCCUGCAAUUCCUGCUGUGGAGCAACAGGACGCUGCUCCCCGGCGAGGGAGCGAGAAACUUGUACAUUGUCGACAAUAUUUUGAAUUUUCUCGACACCUCGCACAUUCCGAUGAAUGGCGUUAACGAAUCUAUAAUUUCCGUAAUUGACAAUGUUUUAACUAACAGGAAUUCACUGAUCAAUCAGACGUACGUACAAAUUGUACCGCAAGUGAUUACCAAGUAUUUGAGUAUUUUUACUGCUGGACUUAUGGGGAACGAGUCUGCGGUGCAGUAUAAGUAUCAUACCAUGGAUUUGACUAUGCUGAAUUUGACCAUGAUUAAUGAGAAUAAUUUUUAUAUUCCUCCGUUGGGGAUAAGCUAUUCUGAUUUACAUGGAAUAACAGUUGAUGGCAGAUUUCGUUUGCAGAAAAACACGAAAAAUAACAUUUUAUCAAUGACUCUUUACAAAAAUAUUUCUACAUUUUUACCGCCAAGAUCUUACCUAAGAAUCAAAGACGGCUCCGAAAUAAAAUACGAAAUCCUGUCGGAAAUCCUCAGUUUCACGUUCAACAACGAGGGCAACUCGAUAAUACAAUCGCUGCGCAUCAACUUUCCGCGCAGAAUUUAUAACCACAGCCAAGUUGACGCUUGGAGCGUCAAGUGCGCAUCGGCUGACCUCACCUCGUUCACCGACCAAUGGGACAUCUACAAUUGUUCCACUGUGACCUUGGAGGAUGGCACUGUGCAGUGCGUGUGCCCGUUUGCCAGAACUGUUGCGCUGCUAUUGACAACAACGCCUGUCAAAGUUUCUGCCGAUGUAGACGACGAUCCGAGGAGAUACAUCUUGAUUGGCUCGUGUUCUUUGUGUAUGGCUUUGGCUCUUUUUACGACAGCAUGUCUGGCCACGUCUUGCUGGAUGCAAAAAUCAACUUGUUUGAUAUUUUUGAAAUUACAAUGUUCUCUGUCGGUUUUCUGCACCGCCCUUUUGUUCACACUCGCCACAGUGACCGGACCUGCCGAAUUUUACUUCGUUUAUUUUCUCACAUCAUUGGAGACGUUCAUUCUUCUCGCUCUAUCCAGCCAUUUGAGCAAACUUUUGAUUGUUUUCACCGAGUUGGUACACUUGCCAAGACCUGUUACAUCCAAAGAAACAGUUAUUGGAAUAAUAUCGGGCGUUCCUAUUAUAACAGUUUUUGGUAGCCAUUUGGCGUACAGAACAAUGGAUAUAAAAAUGAAGUCGUGGUGGAUGAUAGAAAACUCCUUCUCCUUUAAUUUGUACGUAACAGUAACGGCCAUAAUCACGAUAUUGUUUAUUUUCGUGUACGUUACUGUUAUGACGAAAUUGCAGCAUUUGGUGCACCAGCACGUGAAACAUGCCAGACCUAUUAAGAAAAGAGUGGCAUUAUUGAGAAGAUCAGCUUGCCUAUUUGCAGCGAUUUCUAUGUUGUCUAUAAGCAGUAUUAUUUACAUUAAUUUGCCAAAUGAUAUUUGGUCUUUUUACCAAUUUGGAGCCGCAAAUGUUAUUUUGGGCAUAGUUUUGAUUGUAUGCUACGUAAUCAAGGGGGAGAACGAGUUCCAUACUUUAUUCCAAAAUAAAAAUAAAUUGACCAAAGACGAUAAGUUUUUUAGCGUUGACUCUACCAGCAGCCCGUUAAACUAUGUUAGGCAUUAAUUUUAUGAGCUAUUUUUGGCGAAACAGGAAGCGGAAAUGGAGAAUGAAUCCGGUCCGUACUCGAAACCGGACAUUCAUCCGGGCGCGCCCAUCAGAGUGCCGGAGUGCCACAGCAUGAUGGACUCUGUGUGCCAACCGAAAGGCAUAACCGCCACUUUCGAGAGCUGCCUCCAGAACAGCACGAGCUUCUGCGACGGAGGCGGCGAUUCGACGGAGCGACACUGCAACGACAAGCUCGAAAGUUACAGCAACAGCCCUCAACAGUUCAGAAAAUUCGUUCAAAGCACUCGCUCGCCCGACAUCCUGUCCAGCAAAGUGUGCGUGCAGCUAGACCUGGUGGCUUCCGUCCCCAGCAAGCUGCAAGCGGAAGACUCGCCCAAGAUGCGUUGCCGCAGACCCGAGGACGCGAUCGCGAAGAUGCUCGAAACCGAGCGAACGCGUCCCGACGGCCACGAAAGCAAAAUCGCCAGCGUGCGUCUUGCGGACGAGGUCCCGCCGCCGCCGCCGCCUCCGAGUGCGGAUAAACUGGACGGCAUGCUGGACAGGAUUUGCCAGGAUUUGGAUUUUCUGCUGGACAGAGGCGGCGGCGACUUGGAGUUGGAGGAAAGCGUGAAAACUUCCAGUUUGAGGAGGAUUUCCAAACCGCCAAGUCUAAGUGUCAUUCAUCAGAUCAAAGAGGAGGAAGAAAGUGACGCGACUGUUAACUCACCUGCCACUGUGAUAGACUUGAAAGAAGCCACCAUUACGGACAUUUUGAGGACCGAGUGCUAAUCAAACUUUUACUACAAUUUUACAGGGUAUUUUUUCCAAUCAUUGAUUGUUGAAGAGAAUGUUUUUUAUGUUGUUUUAUUAAAAGUUUAUGAGAGAAAUUGUAUGUUAUCAAUGUAUUAAGAAUGAUUAUUUCGUUUUUUGUUGGUAAGUUUGUAUAUAUUUUAUUAAAAAAUCAAAUACAAUGAAUUUACAAUGCUGUGUGUUGAAACAAUUUUGUAAUUUGUGCCUUACUGUAAAUAAUAAAUGUUUUCAUUAUAUUAAUAACUAUGAUGUUUUAUUUAAAGAAAACUACCUGUUUUGAACUAAAUAUUUUAUUUCUUUAAUAAACAUACAUCUUUGGUAAAAAAUUACUAUACUUAUCUGAUAUGACAAAAUAUUAAAAAUUUUACAUCUCAACGAAAAACAAUCCUUAUAUAUUAUACAGGAAAAUACCUACCAAAAACAUGUUAUUUACAAUAUUUACACAUAAAUAAUAUAACGCUAACAACAACCAAAUGCAAAUUGAAAGGCACUUAAUAAAUCCGUACAAAAAUAAACUAACAUAUAAUAACAGCAGCAGUUUAAAUAGGUAACAAACGGUUUUAAUGUCUGCUGAAUCAGAAUUUAAAUCAUAUUUAUCCUCCUCAAGAAAUGCGUGAUGUAUUUGAACCUUUAUGACUCCACAGAACAAAUCAAAACCAAAAAAUAUACGUCGACUUAAGUAACAAAAAAGGUAACAUACUUUGAUGAUUCAGUCUUCAAUAUUGUCGUUAGUCAGCGUGUACUGGUACUCGAUGUACAACCGUUUGGCGUAGUUGAUUUGGGAGGCGACAGAGUGCGCCAAGUCCGCAUUUUUGCACCGCACCCGCGGCUUUUUGAUCGGAUCUGGAUUCACGAGCGCCGCACUAGUGCCGGCCACAUGCAUCACUAUUUCGAUGUAGUAGCGAUUUUCGCUUCCCUCCUUGUCCGCGAUCACGUUGCAAACCUCCAAAUCGCUGCAAAAACUCGUCAAGUUUCGUUUUAAAAAUGAAAGUUGUUUACUCACUUUAAGUGGCAGUCUAUAACGAGAGUCAAGUCGAUAGACUGGGUGUUGGCGACAAUUCUGACUUUUUUGUUCGAAACAAUGCACUGCAGGUCUUCUGAAGCAGUGCCUAAGAUUUGGUAAGCAACCAGUUGUUCUUCAUAGUU